UGGGUAAUGUAGUAUUAUACGCAGGCACGUGUGUUCUUUUAGCUACCUAAUUCAGUACAAUCAUGGCGGGUUUGGAGCUUCUGUCUGACCAAGGCUACCGCCUGGAUGGAAGAAAAGCCCCUGAACUCCGUAAGGUUCAGGCCCGCAUGGGUGUGUUCGCCCAGGCCGAUGGUUCCGCGUAUAUAGAGCAGGGAAACACCAAAGCUUUGGCUGUUGUGUACGGUCCACAUGAAAUGCGAGGCUCCCGCAGUCGGACCCUUCACGAUCGGGCUGUCAUCAAUUGCCAGUACAGCAUGGCCACCUUCAGCACGUCGGAGAGGAAGAGGAGGCCACAUGGCGAUCGCAAGUCCACCGAGAUGAGUCUUCACCUCAAGCAGACCUUCGAAGCCGCUGUGCUGACCCAGCUCUACCCACGCUCCCAAAUAGACAUUUAUGUCAAGAUUCUACAGUCAGAUGGAGGAAACUACAGCGUCUGCGUCAACGCCGCCACCCUUGCCAUCAUCGACGCCGGCAUCCCCAUGUUGGACUACGUAUGUGCUUGCACCGUCGGCUUUGUGGACGAAACGCCCCUUGCAGAUCUUUGCUACGCCGAGGAAAGUGGUGGGGUUAGCUCUCUGGCUUUGGCGCUGCUGCCCCGAAGCGGGCAGAUUGCUCUACUGCAAAUGGACGCCCGACUGCAUCAGGACCACUUGGAAACCAUGAUCGAUACCGCCAUGACGGCUUGCAAAGGCAUGAGCAAGGUGCUGGACCAGGUGGUGCGUCAACACCUCCAAGAAGUCUCACUGAUAUCACAAAUAUCACAAAUAUAGUUCAACUUGUUGAUCAAUUUAUGACCAAAUACAUUUGUACAAUAUUGUGUAUAUGUGAUGAUUAAACACGUUUUCCAUAA